GAAAAAAAAUGAUUGGAAGAAUCAGUCAGCCGCUCCUCAACACCUCACAGAAAUUCAUGGCGCCGGCCGCCAGAACACUUAUGCUCCAUGAGCAUCACGGAAUGAAGAUUCUGCAGAAUUAUGAGAUCAAGGUGCCACCAUUCGGAGUUGCUCAGGAUGCCGAAACCGCUUUCAGUGAGGCUAAAAGAAUCGGUGGAAAGGAUUACGUCGUCAAGGCUCAAGUUCUUGCUGGAGGACGUGGAAAAGGAAGGUUCUCGUCCGGACUUCAGGGAGGAGUACAAAUUGUCUUCACCCCAGAUGAGGUGAAACAAAAGGCUGGAAUGAUGAUUGGAGCUAACCUGAUCACCAAACAAACGGAUCAUCGUGGAAAGAAGUGUGAAGAGGUGAUGGUUUGCAAACGCCUGUUCACCCGCCGUGAAUACUACUUCUCCAUAACUCUUGACAGAAAUACCAAUGGACCAAUUGUUAUUGCUUCUUCCCAAGGAGGAGUUAACAUUGAAGAAGUUGCCGCCACCAAUCCAGAUGCCAUCGUGAAGAUGCCAAUUGAUGUCAACGUCGGAAUCACUAAAGAGCUUGCUCACGAGAUCGCCGUUAAGAUGGGAUUCUCGAAGGACUGUGAACAACAAGCUUCUGAAAUCAUUGAGAAGCUCUACCAGAUGUUCAAGGGAUCCGACGCUACUCUUGUCGAAAUCAACCCAAUGGCCGAGGAUGUGAACGGAGAUGUCUACUGCAUGGACUGCAAGCUCCUUCUUGACUCCAAUGCAGAAUUCCGUCAAGCCAAGCUUUUCGAUCUUAAGGAUAAGAAGCAAGAGGACGAGCUCGAGAUCCGCGCCGCCGCUGCCAACCUCAACUACAUUCGUCUUGAUGGAACCAUCGGAUGCAUGGUCAACGGAGCUGGACUCGCCAUGGCCACCAUGGACAUUAUCAAGUUGCACGGAGGAGAACCAGCCAACUUCCUCGACGUUGGAGGUGGUGCCACCGUUGAACAAGUCACUGAAGCUUUCAAGAUCAUCACCGCUGACAAGGACAAGGUCUCAGCCAUUUUGGUGAACAUCUUUGGAGGAAUCAUGAGAUGCGAUGUCAUUGCUCAGGGAAUUAUUCAAGCUGCCAGAGAGUUGGACCUCAAGAUCCCAAUUGUUGUCAGAUUGCAAGGAACAAAGGUUGAAGACGCCAAGGCUUUGAUUGCCACCUCCCAACUCAGAAUUCUUCCAUGCGAUAACCUCGACGAAGCCGCCAAGAUGGUUGUCAAGCUUUCCAACAUUGUUGAUCUCGCUCGUGCCACCAACGUCGAUGUCAAAUUCGAGCUUUCCAUCUAAAAAAGUACACAUUUACUUUGAAUUUAAUUUUCUCCGGUAUGAAAAUGUUACUUUCAAUUACAAUUUCAUUUUCCAUUUUACUGUAACAUUUACCUAUCCAAUCUCUCACGUAAAUAAUGUCACUGGAAUUUUCAAUUAUUCCUAGUCAUUGCAAAGCAGUUUUUUUGCUUUCUUUCUUAAAAGUGUUUGGUAGAUUUUAAUGUUUUUAACGAGUACGCUAUUAGUUUUUUUUUUACUUCGUUCCCCGUUUUUAUUUUAUUGUUCUCUUAUGAACGUUCUUCUCUUCAUUGCUUUCUUUGUAGCUCACACAAUCAGUCUUCUCAUUUUGUCCAAUAAACCUUUGUCCGAC